AUUAUAGGUAAAUGAAUCAAAUUCUGAGAUUAUUGAUGAUCCAGAACCCUCAACAUCGAUGAACCAAAAUCCGAUUAGACAACAAUCUACUUCAAUAGCAACAGCAUCAACAGCAUUUUUAAGACCACAUAAAAAACAGCAAAGCUCUAUUGCAAACUUCAUCCAUAAGCCGAUGCCUAUGAGCAAAUCAAAAAUGUUGGUAAAAAUGAUUGUGAAGGAAUACCAUCCGUUUAGUGUGGUGGAGGAUGAAGAAUUUCGUAACUUAAUUAAAAUGUUAAGUCCAACUUACAUUAUUCCAUCUAGAAAAAAAAUUACCCAAAGUUUGUUACCUCAGAUGUUUGAUAUGACUGUUGAAUGCGUGA